AUGUCCACCCGCUCAAUACGAAAGCCACGACGACCAGCCCCGGAGGUCCCCGAUGCAGCUGCAGCUGCUGCAGCUUCCCGGGCCAUGCUCUCAAGUCAAAACUCGUCACAGGAGUCGAAAACCCCGUACGAACGACUAGGUGGUCCAGGAAAUGUUGCCAUCCCUCGCAGACGUCCCAGGUCGAGCCUUCAGAGCACUGGUGACAGCACGUCAGUCAGCCAGGGCGACUUGCCUAAAAUUUCAGAUACUCAUCGGUCCAAAGAGGUGACCAGCGUAUCAGCUCGACCUCAUCGCUUCGAUGACCCUGCCGCUCUUCCUCCAAUCACAGAACUCAACGGGCUUGAUGGGCGAGACAGCUCAGUGCCCUCUUCAUAUCGUCGAUUGCGCAAGGCUAAGUCAAUGUUCUCGACUAGACAACGAGCUUCACAGACCCCAUAUGGAGUGCCGACCAUGCCUUGUGGUGAUCCCCUUGAUCCCGAGCGCAGUCCUGGAUUUCAGAUGCCACGAACAAUGAGACGAUCCAUGUCUUUUCUUCGAGGAAAUCAUCAAUCGCAGCAAGUCCGUCCGACUGCUCAGGGUUGCGAUGCGGCUAUCCAGCUUGCUCGUAGCCAGUUUACCCAGGAUUCCAACAGUAGAAUAGUUCAGCCUCGACGGUCAUCUUUCUUUCUCGGACACAAGAAGGAGCACAGGCCAUUUCGCAGAUCUUUCCGGGCGACGAGUGAAGGUCGCCUCGGUGUCUCUACUGAACUGUGUGAUAAAUCUCGAUCUUUUUCAAGUUCGAUCAAAAACAAAUUUAGACGUGUGUUUGGCUUUUCCAGGGUUGCGAAUCAACAACCUGCACCACAUGCUAAUCAAAAUGGCGCUUGGGCGUCUGGGGCAAGUCCGAUUGGGAAAGGCCCUGAAGGAUUCUCUCCUCCCAAAUUUACAGCCAUUGGAAACGGUAUUGAAUCCAACUAUUUCCAGUCAAUGCCCCAGUCUCCCGGCCGUGAUAGUAUCUGCAGUUCCAAAUCGCGCGUCACCAGUUGGGCUGAUUCAACCAUGCCAAACACAGUCACAACCAGGAAGCCAGGACAUCGCCAAUCUCUUUCCUUGAUCAGAGAGGAUGGGGAUUUGAAUCACCAACUACCAAGGACGCCCACAAUUAAUGAUGCCGAAAGUCAAUCUCCUUUGGGUGUGAGAGCAGGUACUCAUCAAAUUAACAUUGUUGACAGUCAAGAUUUGUACACAGCUCUGUUGAAGCAGAUGGGCCGAAAUUCCCUAUCCGAUCCCAACGAGGAGCUGGUGUUCGGCAAUUUGUCGCAACAUCGUGCGAUUCCGGAACGGACAAACUCGGUCUACUCCCAACAUGGCAAACAGACUAUCCGCCAUGUCCCAAGCCGAGAAUCCUCAGUCUCGCCCGGCUCAUUCGCAACGGCGCGUGGUGGUGAUCAAUCAAGUCCACGAAAGUAUCCGCGCUCAGUUAGAUCGUGGCAAUUAGCGUGCGGUGUGGGCGAGGAAUCGGAUGAGGAUAGUGGCAGUGUUAUCGUUUCUCGCCUUCGGGCCUCGAAAAGGGACAUUGUUUCCCCAAGUGUAUAUUCCCGGACCACAAGUGGCAAUACCCCAACGAAAACUGACAACGCCGACGUGGCCGUUCAUGAUGAACCAGGAACAGCGACUAUAUUUACUCCACAGCGGACGACAUACAUCUCCCCCAAGCGUCCCAAUCGGGCUUCAUCUCCCACACCUCGUGCAAAUCCCAGUGCAGAUUGGCAGCAAUGGAUGAGCUCGCAGAUUGAACGAAUUGAACAGGCAAGUCCCACAAGGGAACACAUUAGAGAAGAUGCACAAUACCAGGAUGAUGAUGAGUACUUGACCAGUAUGGCUCGACGGGCUCCUAUUGCCAUCUCCGCUCCCGUUUCGGCGACUCUGCUAGGGGUUUCAGGGAGCCAAAGUCUCACCAAGCGCAAAGCUUCGGUUGAGGACAGAGUCCCGUCACAGAGCAAUUUCUCCCGUCCUUUAGUCCAGGCUUCCGACUUGCGAACCAUCUUGCCAUUACAGACAACUGACUUAAAGAAUAUGGCGCAAAGUCACACUGACUCAUUGGCCAUGGAUACCGCUGCUAAGUCCGAUGAAAACAUUUCCUCACCCAAGCCUACCCCCAUUGCUUGCAGUCAAGAACCGUCGCCAAUCCGAUUGAGAUCCGGAAACAUGCAGCCACCAGAGUCCCCAACCCCCAAGAGAGUGGGAGCAAAUCGGUCUUGGACCAGAGAGCAGCAGCGACGCUAUUCAGCCAGACGUGCUCCAAUUGCCCAAGAUAGUAGGAUCAAUCAUUUCCGGUCCAUGCGUACGCAACGAGGAACCCGUGCGAACAAUGAGAACGCGAGGGAGCAGGAUGAGUACAAUGACAUCAUGGAAAGCUACAGCCAACUUCAUGACAUCCAUUCCACAAUCUCUAGCAAGCGCAUGGUUGAUUUGUUCCUGGAUAGUCGCCGUCGACAUAUGGGUGAAGUCACUAACAACGAUGCAAACGCAGACGCCUUUAUUUGA